AUGGAUUAAGUGGAGAUGAUAUAUGAAGAAGAGUAAUCUCCUUUACAUAUCAAACGAGAACUAGACAUCAACAUACCAUAUAGAGUUUCUUUUCCAUCUUGUAACAUCCAACAAUAGAAAGACACUCCCAAAACUGCCAUAAGGAACAUUGAACAUCUAGAACCUGAAGAGCAAGAGAUUCCAACAGAAACUACUCCUAAAACUUAAAUAGAUGUUUCAUCUCCAAGAGUACCAUUUUUAACUCAUUCCUAAAUUAUGGGUAUGAAUCAAGAUGAUGAUGACAUGCUCUAUUCUAAGUCAGUUUUUAACAAUCCUCUUUCAGAAAUACCAGAAGAAUAAACACCCAGUUAAUUGUAAAAUGUAAUCUUAAUCUUUUAUCUAUUAAGCAUUCCAAACCCUCAAGUUAAGAUUUUAAUUUAGAUAAUAUGAGUAUGGUCAAUAGUUAGUAAUUAAAGUUCAGUAAGAAGUCAUUAGAAAAAGACUUAAUAGUUCGUUUAGAACUUGAGAACAGUAGAUAGAAAGAAGAAGUAAGACUUCUCUCUAUCUUUAGUAUAAGGAGCAAAUUGCAGUUAUGGAUGCUAAAAUCAAAGAGUUGGAAAAAGAGAAUUUUAUUCUGAAAAAGAAAUGUAAUCAAGAAAAAGUUAAAUAAAUUGAACUUCAAUUAGAAACUGAAUAUAAAAUUACAACUUUGAAUGAAUAAUUAUAUGAUUAAGAAGAUUUUUAUAAGAAAUAGAUAGUCUCUUUAAAAAAUGAUCUAAAUAAUGCCAAAUUUUAAAUUACAAUGCUUAAAUCAUAAUCAUAAUAAUAAGAAUAGUAAUUAUAACAUUAAUCAUAAUUAUCUAAAUCCUAAAUUACUUUUUAACAACCAUAUAUUUAUUAAUAAUAAUAGAUUAAACAACCUUAUCAUGUAUCAUUAUCAUAAUCAUUUACUGAAAUGAAUGUUAAAAAUUAAAAGGAAGUUUAUUUAAGUUAGACAUAAUAUGAUAGUGUUCAAUUUAAAAUUGGAUAAAUCUUACGAUUAAUUGAUUAAUAAGUUGAUUUAAAUAAGAAAGAUCUAUUUGAUUUAAUUUAAAUUUUAUAAAACAAAAUAAAAUAGAUACUUAAUAUGGAUGAAGAAGAAAAAAUGGAUGAACAUCGAACAUUAAUUACUAGUCUUAAGGCUGAAUUAGGAGAAAUUAAAUUAUUAAGAACAUAAUUAUCAAAAAUUUAUUAAGAUUAUGAAUAAUAAAUGAAUAAAAAAACAGUGGAUUCAUCUGUUGAUUCAAAAAUAAAUGAAUUAAACUUAUAAAUUUUAGGAAUUAAAUAAGAAAAAUUAGAAUUAAAUGAAUUGACAACUAAAUUGUAAAAUCAAUUAGCUUCAAAAGAUUAAAUUAUCAAUGAAUUGUAAUCUAAAUUAAGUAAUUUUCUAUUUAAUUAUUUUUAGAUAAUUUAUCAUAAACAGAUACUCUUAGAAAACAAUCACAAUUUGUACGUUCUUUACAAACUAAUUCCAUGAUUGAUUUAAAAAUAAUUAAAGAAUCACUUAAAUAAAGACAAGAAGGAAUUAAGUAAUUAUUUUUAAAUUAUAUUAGAAAAACAUUCAAAUCCUAAAAUUCCCCUUAGAGUAGAUCUCAUAAUCCUUCUCCAACUUUAAAAUUUUUGAAUUCUCCCAAGUAAAUAUUAUAUAUAAAUUUAGAAAUUCUAAUAAUGGCUCAAAUGCCAUGAAAAAAUAAUCUUAAUAAGAUACUAGACAAUAAUUUUAUAACAAGACUUCAGAAUUUAGGUAAUAUACUUUGUUUUAUAUUAUUUUAUUAGUGUUGAUAAUAGCUCUUCACAUUAAGCCACUAAUCACAAUAAUAACAGUUCACAUCAAAAUAGUGAAAUAAUAUAAAAACUUGUUGAAUAAUUUAAAGGAAAUUCUGCUUUGGCUUAAAGAAUAUCAAGUUAUUCGAAAAAGAAUUGA